GCGGCCGUGCGCUACCCGUCACGAGUCAGAUACCCGACGGUGCCAUCAUCUGACCAUUUACCCUAAUCUAACGCGAAUCGAUAUUUAAAUAAACCACAUGGUAUCAAAGCUCAAAUAUAUCCGAACUGGAUGCAAUCGUGACGACAACGAAAAUAUGUGAAUGUGUGUGACGUGUUUACGUAAAUCGGUUGCUCAUAGUAUGUGCCAAUGUUGUGAAGUUUUCACGUUGUGAAAGAUUACGAGAAGGUUUUCAGAAUGAAGGGAGCAAACGCAAUAUUCCUCAUUUUGUUCUUCGGGCACCUCUCGGCGCUACCCGAUACUAUACGAAUAGGUGGCCUAUUCCAUCCAGAGGAUGACAAACAGGAAGUGGCGUUCAGAUACGCGGUGGAGCGCGUGAACGCUGACCGAGCGAUACUGCCCAGAGCUAAACUCCUCGCGCAGGUGGAGACAAUAUCGCCACAGGAUAGCUUCCACGCUUCCAAACGAGUGUGCCAUCUCCUUCGAAGCGGCGUGGCAGCAAUAUUCGGCCCGCAAUCAGCCCCGGCCGCUGCCCACGUCCAGAGUAUAUGCGACACCAUGGAACUGCCUCACUUGGAGACCAGGUGGGACUACAGGACGAGACGGGAAUCCUGUCUCGUCAACUUGUACCCUCAUCCGGCCGCUCUCAGUAGGGCAUAUGUGGACCUCGUCAGGGCAUGGGGAUGGAAGUCCUUUACCAUAGUGUAUGAGAACAGCGAUGGUCUAGUACGAUUGCAAGAACUGCUCAAAGCCCAUGGACCUUCUGAACUGCCUGUAGCAGUCAGGCAGUUGCCAGAUUCACAUGAUUAUAGGCCUCUUCUAAAACAAAUAAAGAACUCUGCAGAGUCGCAUAUAGUCCUCGACUGUGCGACGGAAAGGAUAAGAGAUGUUUUACAACAGGCACAACAAAUUGGUAUGAUGUCCGACUACCAUAGCUACCUCAUUACAUCACUGGAUCUCCAUAGUGUAGACUUGGAAGAAUUUAAAUACGGUGGUACCAACAUAACAGCAUUAAGAUUAUUGGACCCUGAAAGAGCUGACGUGCAGAGAGUGAUCCGAGAUUGGGUUUACGAUGAAGCUAGGAAAGGACGUAAAGUUCAACUGGGACAUACCUCGUCCAAGGACAAUAUGACGUUCAUAAAGACGGAGACAGCUCUGAUGUACGACGCAGUACAUCUGUUUGCCAAAGCCCUGCACGACCUGGAUACAUCACAACAAAUUGACGUUAGGCCUCUCUCGUGCGAGGCAGAAGAUACAUGGCCCCAUGGGUACAGUCUCAUCAAUUACAUGAAAAUUGUAGAAAUGAAGGGCUUAACCGGAGUUAUAAAGUUUGAUCAUCAAGGAUUCAGAAGCGAUUUCACUCUGGAUAUAAUUGAAUUGACAAGGGAUGGCCUGCAGAAGGCGGGAACUUGGAACUCGUCAGAGGGUGUCAAUUACACGCGCUCCUACGGGGAAAAUCAGAAGCAAAUAGUGGAAAUAUUGCAGAACAAAACGUUGAUCGUCACUACGAUCCUGAGUGCACCGUACUGUAUGAGAAAAGAAGCCAGCGAGAAACUAACAGGCAACGCGCAAUUCGAGGGCUACGCUAUCGACUUGAUCCACGAGAUUUCAAAAGUUCUCGGUUUCAACUAUACGUUCAAGUUGGCACCAGACGGUCGAUACGGGUCUUAUAAUAGAGAAACUAAGGAAUGGGAUGGAAUGAUCAGAGAACUUUUGGAACAAAGAGCUGACUUGGCCAUUGCGGAUCUCACUAUUACAUACGAUAGGGAGCAAGUGGUGGACUUCACGAUGCCUUUCAUGAACCUGGGCAUCUCGGUGUUGUACCGCAAACCUAUAAAACAGCCUCCCAACCUGUUUUCCUUCCUCUCGCCUCUAUCUUUGGACGUCUGGAUUUAUAUGGCCACAGCAUACUUGGGUGUCUCCGUACUGCUUUUUAUACUCGCCAGGUUUACUCCUUACGAAUGGCAUCAGACGCACUCUCCAGAUGGUGAAAAAUUGGAAAAUAUAUUCUCUCUAGCCAACUGUCUAUGGUUUGCCAUCGGGUCGCUCAUGCAGCAGAGUUGUGACUUUCUACCCAAGUUCAGCCCGUACGAGUGGGACAGCCCCCGGAACUGUCUAGACGAGCCGCCGGUGCUGGAGAACCAGUUCACCCUGUUGAACUCGCUGUGGUUCACUAUCGGAUCCUUGAUGCAGCAAGGUUCGGAUAUCGCGCCGAAAGCCGUGUCAACGCGCAUGGUGGCUGGAAUGUGGUGGUUUUUCACCUUGAUCAUGAUAUCCUCAUACACUGCUAAUUUGGCCGCCUUCCUCACUGUGGAAAGAAUGGACUCGCCAAUUGAAAGUGCUGAAGAUUUGGCAAAACAAACCAAGAUUAAGUAUGGGGCUUUGAAAGGUGGAUCCACUGCAGCGUUUUUUAGGGACUCAAACUUCUCGACGUAUCAACGGAUGUGGUCGUUUAUGGAGUCCGCUCGGCCUUCGGUUUUCACGAGCAGUAAUAAGGAAGGGGAGGAGCGGGUUAUGAGGGGGAAGGGCUCUUACGCGUAUUUGAUGGAGUCCACAACAAUCGAGUAUGUGGUCGAGAGGAAUUGCGAUCUCACUCAAGUAGGAGGGAUGCUCGACUCCAAAGGAUACGGGAUCGCCAUGCCGCCAAAUUCUCCAUAUCGCACGGCUAUAAGCGGAGCCGUUCUAAAAUUACAAGAGGAAGGAAAAUUGCACAUUCUUAAAACAAAAUGGUGGAAAGAGAAGCGCGGCGGGGGAUCGUGCAGGGACGAGACAUCGAAAUCAUCGUCGACAGCCAACGAGCUAGGCCUGGCGAACGUGGGCGGCGUGUUCGUCGUGCUAAUGGGCGGCAUGGGCGUCGCGUGCGUGAUCGCCGUUUGCGAAUUCGUCUGGAAAUCGCGCAAGGUCGCCGUCGACGAACGGGCUUCCCUUUGCUCGGAAAUGGCUUCGGAACUGCGUUCGGCGUUGAAGUGUCCGAGCGGCGCGGGCAGCGGGGCGGGCGCGGGGGGCGCGCGGGACGGCGCGGGCUCCCCAUACCUGCACUACGGGUUCAGUACCAAGAGCCAGCUCCACUAGCGCCCGGACCCCGCCUCCUCGCCGCCCAGCGAUGUGUAGGCACGGACUAUAUCUCACCUACAUACACCCCGCCUCACAGAGACAAAUGACAGACGCGGCAGUGUACGUGAGAGUGAGCGCACUGUUUUACCGAGUGAAAUAUAUAAUGUAAAUACGUCAUAUCUCACUACAAUGGUAGAACUCGAAUAAUGUUGUGAUUUUGAACUUGUGGAUGUUUUAUUACGUUCAAAUGGAUACGUAUCAAUCCAAUGAUAUCGUUUCUCUCGUCAUAACGAUAUUAAUUGAUGUAAAUAAUGGCCAAAGUUUGUGCUAAAGUAAACGAUAACUCGUUGUGCAUGUAAAUAACAAUGUUGGGGCUACGAUUUUUGACAAUCUACUUUAAGGUAAUUUGUAGGUUAUAUUGAUGUUUCACAACUAAAAUCAACUUCAAUAAGUUGCGUAAUAUAAUAAUAGAUAAAAUGUACUUAGCCUAAUAUAUAUUUGAAAAUAAUUGUAAAAAGCGAGUAACAUACUGCCAAAAGUAACAAUUUAUGUUGUGGAAUUAAAUAACAAUAUUUAAGCUAUAACAUUUAAUUGAGUUAUUAUCAAUGAAUACAAACCACGAAUAAAUACUAGAUUUAAGGAAUACCAAAAUACUAUUAAAGUGAUAUAAAACGCAU